AUGUUGGUUUGGAAACUAGAGCCAGCAUUAGCAUGUGGUAAUGUGAUUGUAUUGAAACCAGCUAAACAAACACCACUUACUGCACUCUUUUGUGCUUCUGUCAUUAAAGAAGCUGGUUUUCCACCAGGUAUUGCUAACAGUGUACCAGUCGAUAUUCCUGUUCGAACUGCUCAUAGAGCAGUGUUCACUCAUGCAGGUCAAGGAUGUUUUGCUGCAUCAAGGGUAUUUGUUCAUUCCACACUUCACGAUGGCUUUGUGUCUAAAACUGCCGAAUUAGCAAAGAAACGUAUUGUUGGUGAUCCAUUUGAUUCUACAACUGAACAAGGACCAUAG